AUGGAGAAAAUGGCGAAUGGGUUGGAAAAGGUGAGUGGGUUGUCAAUGUUCAGCGAGGAAGAGCUCGGAGAAAUGAGUGGGGUGAAGCUUCUUGAUGACUAUGUUGAAGUCACGUGUGGGUGUACCAGUCAUAGAUACGGUGAUGCUGUUGGUAGACUUAGGGUUUUUCUUAAUGGCUAUCUUCAAAUUAUUUGUGAAUGCACCCCUGGUUGUCAAGAAGACAAGUUGACUCCUGCUGCAUUUGAGAAGCACUCUGGAAGAGAGACAGCAAGGAAAUGGAAGAAUAAUAUCUGGGUUAUAGUUAAUGGCGAGAAAGUUCCAUUGUGUAAAACAGUGCUGCUCAAAUACUACAUUCAAGUAUCAAAAGCUGCUAAUAGCUCUCAGAGAUCCCAAAAUGGUCGGGUUGGUCACCGUGAUGAGUUUGUUCGCUGUACUAGGUGCAACAAAGAGCGUAGAUUUCGUCUGAGAUCCAAAGAUGAAUGUCGCAUUCACCAUGAUGCUGUGGCAGAUGCAAACUGGAAAUGUUCUGAUCUUCCAUAUGACAAGAUAACAUGUGACGAUGAAGAAGAACGAGGAAGUCGAAGAGUUUACCGAGGAUGCAGUCGGUCUCCAACAUGCAAAGGUUGCACUUCUUGUGUGUGCUUUGGAUGUGACAUCUGCCGAUUUUCAGAUUGCAGCUGUCAGACCUGUACUGACUUUACUAGCAAUGUAAAAGCUUGA